AUGCCGAAACACGUGACAAGUAUAUUAAACGCUUUGCGUCCACUUUGCCUUUACAACGGCAUUUUGGGACUAACGAUCUUUGAGAUGCCGAUCGGAAUACCGUGGCCCAAGCUGAGCAUACUAUACGCUGUUGUCAGGAGCAUCAUUUAUGUUUACUUUUUUUGGCAAUUUCGAAGGAUGUCUCAUAUAAAUUAUUUUGCCAUCGAAACGAUGAUAACAACAAUUAGAAUAAUUCAUUUGAGUAAUAUUUUCAUUGCCGUCGUGUCCACUAUAUUGGGGUUUAAAAAUUACAAAGAAGUAAAAACUUUUGCGAAAAAAAUUACUCUUGCUGACGAAACGCUGGAAAUUUUUGGAAUCGAUCCAGAAUACAAGGCGACAUUCGACUUGUGCAUGCAAGCCAUUUUCAUUUGGUGUUUUGGUAGUUGCGUUAUAUUAAGCAGUGACUUAGCCAUCGCAUAUUAUUACUUUGAUGACUUUUAUGAUAUGCUCGUAAGAGUUUUACUGUUUCAAUUCCCCUUAAUAUUAAACCUCACUAAUGAGCUGAAUUUUUAUUUAAUUAUUUAUAUUUUGGGUACAAGAUUCGAAAGAUUGAAUUCAGUUGUUCAGAGUGCAACAUCGUCAGCACUACAGCCGGACGACUUAAAAAAUCACAAUAAAUAUCAAAAUACAAUGAAAAAGUACAUCAAUAAAGUUACCGUGCAACCAGUUCAUUACAACAAAAACCGAAAUAAUAUCGAAUUUGUACUACGAAUCGUAAGACAACUUCAUUUGGACUUGUGCGCGAUGUCACGAGAAGUUAACGAUACUUUCAGCAAACAACUGUCAUUACAAAUGGCAGCCACUUUUUUAUUAUUAACUGGGUUUGGCUAUUGUACUUACGUCGUUUACAUCGACGUGAACUAUUCAUUAGCUAAAAAAAUACAUCACUUCUAUACACUUGGGAUAUGGAUCGCCAUGAGUAUAUUUAGGAUUAUGUGUGUCAUUCGGGUAACGGUUAAUGUUUCAGAAGAGUCUCAAAAAACAAGUCAAUUAGCUCAUGAAAUUCAAGUUUCGAGAUGGCAGAAAAAAAUUACGGACGAGAUUCAUCAAAUUUCACUGCAAAUAAUGCAACACCCUUUGUAUUUCACCGCAUCGGGUUUGAUAGUUCUGGAUUUUGGUUUUGUGAGAGGGUUCGUAGGCUCAGUUACAACGUACUUGAUGAUAUUGAUACAAAAUGAGCCAGACAUGGUAAAAGCGGCUAAUGCGCUUGUUGAGGUUUCAUCGGACAACGAAACAAGCAGCAAAUCAUAG